AUGCGAAUGAACCUCGACGUCCUCCUGCUAGUCUUCGACCUCAGUGUCCUAAUCUCCUUCCGAUUGCAAUUCCAAGAACAUCGCAAGUCCUCACUGUUGUCUGAAAACUUGGUAUGGGGACCUAGAGUCCCAUUCGCAGUCUGUGUUCGUCCUCGCCAGGGCCCGACGACUUACUGCCAGCGCUGCUUGAUUUUGGACUUGAGAGACAUUUUUGUGAGCUUGCUGUUGAACUCCAGUAUCUACAUGCUAUAUGCACUGUAUUCUACUCGCUACAUGUCAGAAUGGCCUCUAAAAAUCCUCGUCAAACACGGAAAAAAUUCAGUCAGAUAUAACUCAGCAUCAACGUAUGUGUACCUCUCAGCUCAUGAUAGCACUAUCCAGUCCUGUGCACAGAUCAGGAAUGUAAGGAGGGGACAAUGUAAUUCAACACAGCAGCCAAUGUUGAUUGAAGCUUUUGAAGUGGUAAAAAUGACGCAAAGCAAGGCUUGA